GAAACAUCAUCGUCGAGAACUACACUCGAAUCUCAAAAAUGACCACCUACUUCAACUACCCCAGCAAGGAGCUGCAGGAUGAGCUGCGCGACAUCGCCCAGCGAAUCGUUGCCCCCGGCAAGGGAAUCCUCGCCGCCGAUGAGUCCGGCCCAACCAUGGGCAAGCGUCUGCAGGACAUCGGCGUGGAGAACACCGAGGACAACCGCCGUGCCUACCGUCAGCUGUUGUUCAGCACUGACCCCAAGCUGGCCGAGAACAUCUCUGGAGUGAUCCUGUUCCACGAGACCCUCUACCAGAAGGCCGACGAUGGCACCCCCUUCGCCGAGAUCCUGAAGAAGAAGGGCAUCAUUCUGGGCAUCAAGGUCGACAAGGGUGUGGUCCCACUGUUCGGCUCCGAGGACGAGGUCACCACCCAGGGUCUGGAUGACCUGGCUGCCCGUUGCGCCCAGUACAAGAAGGACGGUUGCGACUUCGCCAAGUGGCGUUGCGUCCUGAAGAUCGGCAAGAACACCCCAUCCUACCAGUCGAUCCUGGAGAACGCCAAUGUCCUGGCCCGCUACGCCUCCAUCUGCCAGUCGCAGCGCAUCGUCCCAAUUGUGGAGCCCGAGGUUCUGCCCGAUGGCGAUCACGAUCUGGACCGCGCCCAGAAGGUCACCGAGACCGUCCUGGCCGCCGUCUACAAGGCCCUGAGCGACCACCACGUCUACCUGGAGGGUACUCUGCUGAAGCCCAACAUGGUCACCGCCGGUCAGUCGGCCAAGAAGAACACCCCCGAGGAGAUCGCCCUGGCCACCGUGCAGGCUCUGCGCCGCACCGUUCCCGCCGCCGUUACUGGCGUGACCUUCCUGUCUGGAGGUCAGUCCGAGGAGGAGGCCACCGUCAACCUGAGUGCCAUCAACAACGUUCCCUUGAUCCGCCCAUGGGCCCUCACCUUCUCGUACGGUCGUGCCCUGCAGGCCUCCGUCCUGCGUGCCUGGGCUGGCAAGAAGGAGAACAUCGCCGCCGGCCAGAACGAGCUGCUCAAGCGCGCCAAGGCCAACGGUGAUGCUGCUCAGGGCAAGUACGUUGCCGGAAGCGCUGGUGCCGGAUCCGGAUCCCUGUUCGUGGCCAACCACGCCUACUAAGGCGUUUGGGUGGACCUUGGCUACACGCAACUACAAAAAAAAAUACGAAGCAGAUUGCUGGAAAAGUUUGGCAGAUUUGUUUAUUUUUACCUUAGUUUCGAGAGCUAAGCAAAGCAAGCAUUACAAAAAAUAACCAAAAAAAAAAAGAAAAGAUGAACGAUUACACUUUCAAAACUUGUUAUAUAUAUGUAGUACGUGACAUUUUUGCAAGUUUAUUAUACUAUAACAUUAUUUUAGAGAACAACUAAAUGAUGAGUGCAGAAGAAAGGAACGCAUAUGUUCGAUGGAGAAACAAUUUUAUCUUUAGUUUUAAGCACAUGAACCUAUUAUUGUUGAAGUUAUUACAUUUUUAUUCUAUUAUUAUGAUUAUGCAAGAUUUCAAUGAAAACAAAAAGAUAUGUCGUAAAUCGCUAGGCUAAAACACAUUUUAUGGUGAAAACAACAGCAAUCACCAUCAACAACACCUAAAUGUAUAAGGCUUGUAACAUUGAAGUCGCACAACGUUUUUGAAUUUUUUUAAUGUUUUAUAAAAAGAUCCACUAUGAAAAUCGAUGUUUUACCAUUAUAAUUAUUAUUAAACUUUAUAUUUAUGAUUGAUAAGUAUAAGUGAAACAAAUGACGAGAAUAAACAAACACAUUAAAAUAAACCCGAAAAGCCCCCAAACAACUUUAUUAACCUUAUAUACAUAUAUUUACAUUGUUAAAAGAGAACUUGUUGUUGCAAAAUACUAAAAGAAAUAUAUGAAUUUAUAUAUUCAACUUUGGACUUCAGUGUCCAAUGGCUUCUAAACUGUGCUGGGGCACAAUGCUUGUUACUAGAAUUUUUUGAAACCAACUCUGAUUCUCUAUCCAAAACGCGAUAGGUAGUAACAAAGGCAGCAACGUCAUUAUCACAGUACAUAUUUAAAUACAGAAAUAUAGUACCAAUGACUAACCCACAUAUUUAUCAAAGCAUGUUUUAAUUUACACGUUAUUCAAGCUGCAAACUCUGCAUAUCGUUGUUAUUCACACAAUUGUUUGAAGUGCAAUGUGAAAAUAUAACAGACGCGAACGAAGGAUAUACAAUACCUCCCUGAAGGGUUAAGCUUAAAAUAGUUUAUUGUGAAAUAAAAACCACCACAAACGGCAACAACAACCAGCUGUACAUCCAAUAUACAAGAAAUAAAAAACAACAAAUAAACAUCAUCCGCAUACAAGUAAUGGUGUUGAAGUAACAUCUUUCAAUAAAAAACCUCAAGAGCAAAGAAA